GGCCCGUUUCUCUUCCUCUCAAAAGGGGUGGCAAAUGCUAAUGACCUUUAAUUUGCGAGGACCAAAGAAUGGCAGUAGCCAAGGAAGCUAGAAAGCUCUCCUCUUCCUUAGCGAUGCUUUCUAUACUAUUUGUACUGCUGCUACCAACGUUCUCAUGUUCUUCUAUUGUGUCAGCUCUGAACACCAUCACCCACCUUCCAGGAUUUCAUGGAACCCUGCCCUUCCAUUUGGAAACCGGAUACGUGAAGGUGGAUGAAGUGAACGAUGCUCAGCUUUUCUACUACUUCAUAAAGUCUGAGAGGAAGCCGGAGGAGGAUCCUCUAAUAGUGUGGCUGACAGGCGGCCCGGGCUGCUCGGGGCUCUCAGCAUUGGUGUUUGAGAUUGGCCCUCUAAAAUUUGACGUUGCUGGUUACACUGAAGGCCUACCAACCUUGGUCUACAACCCAUAUACUUGGACUAAGUCUGAUCUCUCUCGCUCUCGCUCUCGCUCUCGCUCUCUCACUUUCUGAGGUUUGGUGGUUUUUCAGGUAUGCAACAUCAUCAUUCUCGAUUCGCCGGUCGGAACUGGAUUCUCCUAUUCGAGUGUGGGGAAAAGCUACGAGACAGGGGACACCAAAGCGGUCCGACAAGUCCACACUUUCCUUAGAAAGUGGUUUAUUGAUCACCCAGAGUUCCUCUCCAAUCCACUCUACAUUGGUGGAGAUUCGUAUUCUGGUAUUGUUGUGCCAGUUGCUGCUCAAGAAAUAGCAAAAGGUGAUCAAGAUGGAGAUAAACUUUCUUACAAUCACAAGGGUUAUCUGGUUGGCAACCCGAUAACAGAUGAGAAGUUUGAUAAAGGAGCGUUUGUCCCAUAUGCACAUGGGAUGGCAAUUAUAUCUGACGAACUUUAUGAGUCAACCAAGAAAAGUUGUGGAGGAGAAUAUACUAGUCCUAGAAAUGAACAAUGUGCAAACUAUCUGCAGUCUGUAAUUGAGUGUAUUGAGGGAAUAAACUUAUUCCAAAUUUUGGAGCCAGUGUGCUUUGACGUCGUGAGCUUAAAGCCCAGCAUGGUUGCAGCAUAUAGCAGGAGAUUGCUUAAAGAGGAUAUUGAAAAGUUUCCUUUGUUAAAAUCUGACCUUCCUUUGGAGUGUAGAAGUUCUGCAUACUUGCUUUCCUACUUCUGGAUAGACAAUGAUACUGUUAGAGAGGCUCUCAAUAUUCGUAAGGGGACAGUGCAACAUUGGCAGAGAUGCAACCAUGACCUACUUUAUACAUACGAUAUCCCAAGUUCUAUAAAGUUUCAUCUGAAUCUGACAAGCAGAGGUUACCGAGCGUUGGUAUACAGUGGUGAUCACGACAUGGGUGUAUCUUUUGUGGGCACGCAAGGAUGGAUUAGAUCUCUCAACUUCUCCAUCGUGGAUGACUGGCGGCCAUGGUCUGUAGAUGGGCAAGUCGCAGGGUUCACGAGGACUUACUCAAAUAACCUGACUUUUGCAACUGUGAAGGGUGCGGGACACACAGCUCCAGAAUACCGGCCAAAAGAGUGCUUGGCUAUGCUUCAAAGGUGGAUUUCUGGCGCCCCUCUGUAACAUGAUUAUCCUCCAUAAUUAACCCCAAAAUCAGCAGUAGCCUGAUUAUAAUCUGCGGGCUUGGGGUCAACUGAUUUUCUAUGGGACAAAAAGUACUUAUAAGGAGUCCCAGAAUUGGAAAGAAGAGCUACCAAGAUUCCAGAGUAAUUCAUCUUCAAAAUUGUGAACCCUUAUGCACACACCAGCUUCGUUGCAUCUUGAUUGUUUUUCCAAGGAAAGACUGCCAGUAGAAUGGGCAGAAUAGAAGAUUGCCAUUAUCCAACUAUUCAUUAUAAAAAUAAAAAAGCGUCCACUUCUUGGACUAUUGCUUC